AUGGAUCCAACCAGUAUGACCACGUUUAAGUAUAUUUUUGACGAAAUGAAUUUCUCACCUUUUUCACCAAAGAAGGACGAGUGUGAUGUCUGCGCAGCCUACAAAACAAAGAACCUUACCAAAGAAGUCUACAAAGAGCAUGUUUCGAAGAAGGAAGAAGUUCGACAUGAAAAAGAAAAUGAUAAAAGACCAUCUAAUAAAGUUUUCACAAUGGACAUACAAUCGGUGCUCCUCUGCCCCAAGUCAAACGUUUCUGCAUUGUAUUACAAAACCAAUACCAAAGAGAAAGAAGAAAUUAUAAGAAGUGCCAAAAGUCGGGUGCUGGAAAUGAAUUUAAAGCUAAAUGGUUUGGAUAUACAGCAAUGGCAUUCUUGCAAGACAGAAAUAAGCCAAAAAAAGGGCCACCAAGCGGGGAUUGAAUAUGACGAUAGUGAUUCAACAGACGGUAGCGAUAAUGAAAGCCUUUUAGAAGACAGAGUAGUGCAAUCACAAGCCGAAACCCAGGAAAACAUAGAAGAUUUUGAAGUUGUCCGCCUUGAGGACCGGCAAUCCGUACAGGCAGGUAACCAAGUACCUCACCAAGAACAGUUGAACGAUAUGCCAAGUACGCCAAAAAGAAAUACAUCGGAAGGAGAGCAGUUCCUUGUACCUCCAAAAUCGAGUCGCAAAAAAAAGGGUAAACCUACUUCAACAACUGAAAACGAGAAUAUUACUCAAGAGGCUUUCCAAAUGAUGAAGGCUGCAUUUCAUAGGUCAAACGGCGGUACACAAGUGCGGGACGAGUAUAACAUUUAUGGAGAAUUAGUAGGGCACCAAAUACGUUCUCUGUCGACCAAAUUUGCAAAAGUUACCGCUCAAAAAUUAAUUAACGACAUAUUAUUCAACGCCAAACUAGGAAAAUAUGACUAUCCUUCAUACCCACAACGUAAUCACAAACAGGAUCACGAACUCCUUUUGCUUCCAAUUCAGGAUCACAAACUCAUUUUGCUUCCAAUUCCGAAGCAUCAUCAUCUGCAAUGGACGCUACAUUGGGAGCCACUAAUAUUAUUAGUAGUGAUGCUGACGUUUUGCACUGGGCCAUAAAUUCGUUCGGAGUACCAGAAGUACAAGAAGCAAACAAUAAUUAAUGUUCAGUAUUUUCU